CUCGGACGCGACACGUCGUUUGACGCGGUCAGCUGACCGUGCGCGGUGCGGCGCGGCGUUACGUAACUUGGGUAUCGACCAACUACGAUCACUACGUUGGUAUCCCUUCCCCUCCAGUUCCCCCAUUCGAUUUACCAUGUCGCGCUCGACCACGGCAACUACGACCUACAACCUCGUAAAGUACUCGCGAUCAUGCACAAAUGGUCGCUCGGAAGCCGAGCAGGAGUGGCAACAUUUUACGAACCCGAUCAUCACUCUUGUCGUGGACGCGAGGAAAAAGGCGAACGUAGGCGAGCUCGAGUCCUUGAGGACACGCGUGAUCUGGACCCUGAGUGCAAGCAAGGACUCUAUGGACGUCGACCAGCGCGAAGUCGUUUUUGAAGAUCUAGACAUGCAUGUGCUCUCACUUACACCGCCUACGCAUGGUCUCCCCCUGAAAGCCGUCUACAGAGAUACGGUCGUCGGCAUUCGCUACAUGCACCCCCGCGUGGUGCCCGCAGGCUCUGCACCGACAUUCAAGAGGUUUCAGAUAACCUUUCAAACAGCAGAGCUCGCAGCCGCCUUCAUCGACUCCGUGAAACUCAUCUGCCCGUGCAAAGCCAACCCUGCUCCUGUGGGACGCCACACUCAAAUGGCUCGGUCUAAAACUGCUAUACCUGGCGUUGCUCCUACAUCCGCUUUCUCCGCUCAGCUGCAGCUGUCUGGUCCGGCCAUCCCUCCGCAAACACCGACGCGCAUAUACCCUGUAGCGUCUCAGACAACAGACCGCCGCACUCUGUUUUCUGACCCAGCACCAUACUCGAAUGACUCCGGUUCCAUGUCUCACGCCGUAUAUCCAACUGAGAAGCUGCCUGCUUUGACAGACCGCUUGAACCACGCAUACAUGCCGAGCCAGUCCCAUACUCCAUAUGUUCGACCAACCAUAGGCAAUAUUCCCGCUGCGGUAUCAAACUCACAAACCGCUCCACUGGUCCCCGCUUCGAUCUACUCACAGCCUCAAGCCAUUGCGCCCAUUUCAACCGUCUCGUGCUCCCAACUAUCUGAUGAUCCUUGCUACCGUGACUCUCGACCUACCUCGGCAUGCGCCACAUCCUCAGCUAUGGCUGCGGACUAUUCUGGACGCCCUUACUCUGAUGUUUCUCAGCCUCCCUCAGAUAGGCACUCUCUGGAACAGCGUGUUCCUGGAUACAUCACGACCUCAGCUGCUGUGUCUCACAUGCACGAUGGCAACCACAGCUCUGAAUCUAGUACAGGUGUUGCUCUUACGCCCGCUCCCGGAGGCUUGCCCCCGCGUCCUCCCUCCGUGCCUGCGCUAACUACGCCUCUGCGACCUCCAUCCCCUACGGCACCUGUACUUGCGAACAGCCGUGAACUUGGCGCCGCACUCACUAGGCAACCUUCGGCAUCGUCAGACUUUCUUGGGGCCCUGGAGGAGACGAGAUCCAUAUACGAUCUUUCCCGCAGCGAUAUAGAGUGUCUCAUAGCAAAAGUCGUGCGCGAGGACGGAUUCGCCGAUCUGCUGGAGAAAAUUGAUUCGAUGUG